GAUUGAUGAGGCCCCGUAGGGGCGCAGGAGGCCUGGCUCCGGUCGAUAAGGCAGCUUUCAUUUCAACACAUUUUCUCCCUGCUUCUUCUUUACUGUGCAGUGAUGGAAGCAGCAGGCAGCUUUGAAACAUGAUUAUUCCUCACCAAGCCCACAGGGCGAAAAGGACAGUGAUUUAAGAACCAGCAACCAUGAAAUGCUCUGGUGUGUCUUUGUUCCGUCACUCCACAUCACCCUCACCGGACAGCUGUGCUGACGCCGAGCACAUCGCCAAAGUCAACAUGUCAGUGUCAGCGUGCUGGAACAAGGUGACGCUGCAAAGAGAAGCACUGAGCUGAAAGCAGCUGCGCACACAGCGAGAGACCAUGUGCAACAUCUCCUUCUGCGAUGUGGACAGUAAGGUGGACCAGUUCUUCCAGCCCGCCCUCUACAUCAUCAUCAUUGUUCUGGGCCUGCCCACUAACUGCAUGGCUCUAUGGGCCGCCUAUCUGCAGGUACGUCAACACAAUGAGCUCGGCAUCUACCUGAUAAACCUGUCAGUGGCAGACCUGAUGUAUAUUGGUACCCUUCCUCUUUGGAUUGACUACUUCCUGCAGCGUGAUGAUUGGAUCCACGGCCAGGAAAGCUGCAAGUUCUUUGGAUUCAUCUUCUACACCAACAUUUAUGUCAGCAUCGCCUUCCUCUGCUGCAUAUCUCUUGAUAGGUAUCUGGCUGUGGCAUAUCCUCUACGCUUUGCGAAGAUCCGACGAAUCAAAACAGCACUCCUGGUCAGCACCACAGUGUGGAUCACCGAAAUUGUCGCCAACUCUGCUCCUCUUUUCCAUAACGAGCUCUUCCAAAAUCGCUUCAACCACUCGUUCUGUUUUGAGAAGUAUCCGAUGCAGGACUGGGUAGUGGGGAUGAACCUGUACAGAACGUUUCUGGGCUUUCUAGCCCCCUGGACAGCCAUGCUGGUUGCUUAUCGGGGCAUUCUCGCAGCAGUGCGCUGCAACAUCUCCAUCGAGCCUGAGGAAAAAGCAAAAAUCCAGCGUUUGGCCUUGAGCCUGAUCCUGAUUGUUUUGCUCUGUUUUGGACCUUACCACAUUCUGCUCUUGUGGAGAAGUGUCAUGUUUCUUAAGAAGCCCUGUGACUGUGGCUCAGAGGUGAGCCUGUUUGCAGUGUACCACGUGUCUUUAGCCUUGACUAGCCUGAACUGUGUUGCAGAUCCCAUCUUGUACUGCUUCGUGAAUGAGGGAGCGAGGCAUGACGUUGGACGAGCUCUCUCCGCGAUCCUAGAGCAGCUUGCUGCAGCGGUCCCUUCCUCCUCUGCGUUACAUGGCGACGUGGUGAACGCUGGUUCAGUGACCGUGGAUACACCACUGUCCACUAAGAGGCAGACGUGUGUGUACGCUGAUGAAAGCAAGACGAAUGGUUACAAGACAGAACUCGGGGCUCUGAAAGAAGAAUGUCUGCAGAUGACCAUCCUCAGUGUUCGGAAGUGAAAACCUGCACCCGUGCACCUGACCAGGCAGAGAUCAGACGACAGCACAUGUACUCACAAUGCUGUGAUGUUCUUAUUAAAACAUCCGUGAAUUGUCAAAUUGCUGAGCUGAAGCAGAAUUGAGACUGACGUACAGUAGCUAAGAAGACACAAAGUCUGUAGGCUUGCGAACAGCCCUGACAAGCUGCUGGUUUCUUGCUUAGAUGAAAACAAAUUUAAGGAGUAGAUGAAAAACUGAGAGACAACAUUGUGGUCCUUUAAUCCUCACCACAAGUGAGGCCAAAAUGUCAAGUUUGGGCUGAGGGUGGAGUCAGUGGAGAUGUCAUCUUAUAAUGUUGAUGUAUAACCUGUUAAAGCUGCAUUUUGAUUGUACUUUAAAGCCCAAAACACAGCUGCAUGGGGCUACUAUGAGGCUACCUCGUA